GGGCGGGGCCAGGGUCUCCACCUGCCGAGGACAAACAUCGAGUUUCAGGAUCGAACUUCUUCUUCUUCUUCUUCUGCUCGUUUGGUUUCCACAGGUCUCAUCUCCUCGCGGGGACGUGACUUCCUGUUCCUCCACUGAAGCGCCACCAUGCGAGAUGUUCACCUGCAGAACGAGACGUGCACCAACGCGUCUGUACUGAGGCUGUGGUGCGGCUCCACUUCUACAGUGUGUUCAUUCAGUGGAGAUCAAAUAGGGUUACACACACACCUGAACAACAGCAGCCACACAACAGACGUCAGUUCCUACAACCUGUGGCUCGGCCUCACGCUGGCUCUGAUGUCCGCCCUCCUCAUCGGCGCCAGCGUCAUCCUCAAGAAGAAAGCUCUCCUCCGAUUGGCCGACACAGGUCUCACCAGAGCAGGUGAUGGAGGUCAUGGCUACCUGAAGGACUGGCUCUGGUGGGGGGGCCUCCUAACCAUGGGAGCGGGGGAGGCCUGUAACUUCGUGGCCUACAUGUUCGCCCCGGCGACGCUGGUGACGCCACUGGGAGCGUUGAGUGUCCUCAUCAGUGCAGUUCUGUCCUCCUACCUGUUGGGGGAGGUGUUGAACGUACUGGGGAAGCUCGGUUGUCUGCUGUGUGUGUUGGGAAGCAUCCUGCUGGUCAUCCACGCCCCAGAGGAACAGGAAGUGACAUCACUACAGGACAUGACGGACAAGCUGCUCGACCCUGGUUUCCUGGUGUUCAUCUCAGCUGUGUUGCUGUUGUGUGCCGUGCUCGUCUUGUAUGUGUCUCCUCGGUUCGGUCGAUCCAACAUCCUCGUCUACAUCAGCAUCUGCUCGCUGCUCGGAGCCUUCACGGUGUCGUCGGUGAAGGGCCUCGCCAUCGCCAUCAACACCAUGUUGGAUGAUGUUUCCGUUCUCACGAGUCCUCUCACCUGGAUCCUGCUGUUCACGCUCAUCGGCUCCGUAGUGACACAGGUGAACUACCUGAACAAGUCUCUGGACACGUUCAACACGCUGCUGGUUUACCCCGUCUACUACGUCCUCUUCACCUCCGUCGUCCUGUCCACCUCCAUCAUCCUCUUCCAGGAGUGGACGAGCAUGACGGCCGUGGACGUGGUCACGACGCUCGGAGCCUUCGUGGUCAUCGUGGUGGGCGUGGCCAUGCUCCACCUCUUCAAAGAGCUGCAGUCUGGUUUCACUUCAGUUGAACUGGACAGAAACAUUUCCACACAGAGACGUCACGUCCCUGAGGACACGAAGGACUUUAAGGGACGCGAUCAAAACAUAUCAAAUAAUAUUUUUUUUCUUUUGCAGCAGGAAAUGAACGUUACUGACAAAAUGAACUUUUAUUUGAAUAAAAAAAGUAAAGUAGAUUUUUAAUUAUCUCUGUUACAAACUUCUUUUAUCAUUGAUCAAGUGUUUAUGAGCUGAGUCUGUUUGAUUGUGUCUGUGAUGAUUAUGAUGUUCAGAAUAAACGGUUUUUGUAUCUGA